AUGCCUACUAAUACUAGCCAGGCAGGGGGUGUCAUGAUUGCUUCCAACCGGAAUGGGAGUAUACGGGUAUCGAUAACAGGGACGUGCGAGUCAGGGACGGUCGAUGAAGCCGUCUUGGAGUGGGUGAAGGACCAAAACCGGUACUGCUUCGAUAUGACAUGCAAGGCGACGCUAUCCUACUUUGUGUCGUGCCCAAAAGCAAUGCUCUCGUCCAUAAAACACGUUACGCUGACACGGACGAUGAUGUCUUCGGAUGAUUAUAACAACUACGCAUACGCAGAGGACCUUGCGCGAAAGCUACAGCAGGAAGUUGUGCUGGAGAGUAUUACACUCGCGGUUCCACACGAUAAUGAGUUGCUCGAUAUAAAAUCAGACGAGUUCGAGUGGUGGAUGUGGACGCUACACCAGGGGGCGAUUGACGGUUUUAAGGAAGGGCGUAUUGCAAUGGUUCGGUUUUUAUUUCGGACGUUGUACACGACGGUCAAGGAUGUAAAGAAGUUCAGAGCGUACGGAGAGAUUCAACUUAGAGUAGUUGGACAGAAAUAUGAGGAUUGGUUAGAUUCGUGUAUUAGGGCACGAGACGAGGAAGGGUUCGACGAUAGCAUAAUGCGAGAGACGCCAAAGGAGCAUUUGGAUAGUAUGUGGGAGCAAUUGGAAUAUAUCAUCGAGAUAGACGAGCGGCGGGAAGAAGAAGAGGGCACUGUACUUAUUUUACGGCAUAGAUAG